AAAUCCAAAACAUGGGAGACACAACAAUGAUAUUGCAGCAAACUGGUGAAUUGGAUGCCAUUAUUUUGGUUUUUCUAGUAUUGCUCUACGGUCAAUUUCAUUAUUCUGCAUCAGAGUAUGUGACAAUAUAUUAAUGAUGUCCCAACAUCCAAAUGAGCCAGAAGACUUAUAAGCACCCAAGACAGAUAUUCCUCUCCAAUUCCCUUUAACUUUUACCACAAAAUCUAGAUAUCUAGCUCUUCCUACCAGAGUUAAUGGCCAUGGCUUCUGUGAACAGAGCUGUGGCUCUGCUGAUAGUGAUGGCUGAGGUGGUGCUGAUGCAGCUAUGUGAAGCAGAUGUUUACAAGGUGGGUGACUCAGCUGGCUGGACUACCAUUGGAAAUGUUGACUACAAACAGUGGGCUGCUACAAACACCUUCAAAGUUGGAGACAUUAUUCGUUUUGAGUACAGUCCUCAAUUCCACAAUGUGAUGCGAGUAACACAUGCAAUGUACAGGGCCUGCAAUGCCACUGCUCCUUUGGCCACCUUCACCACCGGGAACGACUCCAUCAACAUAACUACCAAAGGCCACCACUUCUUUUUCUGCGGUGUCCCUGGCCACUGUCAGGCCGGACAGAAGCUUGAUAUUAACGUGCCUCGCACAGCUGUAGCGGCUGCUCCAACCCCGACUAACUCUGCCCCUGCAGCCAUUGUUCCUGCACCUAAUUCACCAGGCAGCUCCUUUUCAGCGAAAGCUCCGGCAGGGAUGGCACAUCAUAAGCUUGGUUUAGCGAUGGUUGCUUUUGCAGUUUUUGCAAUGGGUUUUGAAAUAUAACUGUAACUAGUCUUUCUGAUUUCACUGUUUCCAUGGACAUAAAACUUAUUUUUGAAAUAUAAGAAUAAUUGUGUA